UAUUUCUUCCUCGAAACUCUACUCAGGACAGGCAAGGAACGGCCAGGAACGGCAUACACCGGCAAACCUUCACAAUUGGAGCCUUUCCUCGUCUGACUCUUUCUGAGGUGCAUUCUUUCUAGCAUCUUAGUUUGCCCGUCCAGUCUGUUAGCAGCGGUACGAUCUCUGGCGUGGUCACGGUUCCCUCCUGUACAUCAAGUGGGGUAAAGAAUGGCUUAUAGAUCCGACGAUGAUUAUGAUUAUUUGUUCAAAGUUGUUCUCAUCGGAGACUCCGGGGUAGGAAAAUCAAACCUGUUGUCUAGAUUCACGCGCAACGAGUUCAGUCUGGAAUCCAAAUCAACCAUUGGCGUGGAGUUUGCAACUCGUAGCAUCAAUGUGGACAGCAAACUCAUCAAAGCUCAGAUAUGGGACACUGCUGGUCAAGAGAGGUACCGGGCCAUCACUAGCGCGUAUUAUCGUGGUGCCGUAGGAGCUCUCUUGGUAUAUGAUAUAACUCGUCACGUCACUUUCGAGAACGUGGAAAGGUGGCUGAAGGAGUUGAAGGAUCACACUGAUUCUAAUAUAGUGGUUAUGCUCGUUGGGAACAAAUCAGAUCUGCGGCAUCUAAGAGCUGUUUCCACUGACGAUGGUCAGAACUUUUCUGAGAAAGAAAGCCUUUUUUUCAUGGAGACUUCUGCCCUCGAGUCCACAAAUGUUGAGAAUGCUUUCAAGCAGAUUCUUACUCAGAUUUACAGGGUGGUAAGCAAGAAGGCUCUGGACGUCGGUGAGGAUCCAUCUGCUGGACCUGGGAAAGGUCAAACAAUAACAGUUGGCAACAAAGACGAGGUGACAGCGACCAAGAAAGUAGGAUGUUGCUCAGCGUAAAUAUGUGUUUGAAACCUCGGCAUGGCUCGUAUUAGAAUACGCAACAAUCUGGUAGGGUGAUCGUGCUUUUUCAAUUUGAGGAGAUUGUAAACCUUGAGGAGUUGAUAGCCUCGUUGCACCAGUCAGGUUUUACAGAGGAAAUCAUGGAAAUCGUGAGCCAUAAUUUAAGGAGUUGGCUAUCAAAAGAGAAGUGUAUCACGUGGCAGCAAAUGUUUCAGUUAUUUCUGUCGAAGUAUCCUUAUCUUGAGGGCCGUACCUUCAGCUAUUGCAAGUAUGUUUUGAAGCGGAUUGUUUGCAGGUCUCGUAAUAACCAGAAAAUGGUUAUUUUCAUUGUUAAUUUGUCAGGACAGCUGUGCAUUGGUUCUGCGAUGUAGUUUACUUAUGACCAGCCCUGCAUUAUCUCAUAUAAGAAUAUUACGCUUGAGCCGAAAUGAGGAAGGAAGCAACGUUUUGAUGCUGUGGUGCCAUCACAAGCUAAGAAGUGCAAUGUAGUGGUAUAUGAUCUGACCCUCUUGAAGGUCGUCUGUAGCUGUAAGUAAUAGCGCUGGUUUUUGCAAAGGGGUUCUUUUUCCUCCUGGAGUAGUCAAUCUCCUACUUGUGGUUGUUUACAUUUAUUAUGUCAUAACGCACAGACCAAUGCCAUUGGAACUUUGGCGCUUUUGACAAUAUAUAGACCCGCAUUGACAGUGAAUGAGAGGA